AUGGCAUCUUUACGCACAACAUCGCGCCUUUUCAAGGCCGCACGACCAGCCUUCAAAUCUCAGAUUAGAACAAUCGCGAUCGGAAACACAAAUUCCACCGCCCAUCCAGUCGAUCCAUCAAAGACAUCCACCAUCAAGGAACCAGCCGCGGAUCCAGAUUCCAAAAUCAAGACCUUCCACAUCUACCGUUGGAAUCCGGAUGAGCCAUCCACCAAGCCUCGCAUGCAGAGUUAUACUCUUGAUCUGAACAAGACGGGUCCUAUGGUUUUGGAUGCGUUAAUUCGGAUCAAGAAUGAAGUCGAUCCUACGCUUACGUUCAGACGGAGUUGCAGAGAGGGGAUCUGUGGAAGUUGCGCGAUGAACAUUGAUGGUGUAAACACACUGGCCUGUUUGUGCCGUAUCCCAACCGACACCAAAGCCGAAUCCAAAAUCUACCCUCUCCCCCACACCUACGUCGUCAAAGACAUCGUCCCAGAUCUGACCCAAUUCUACAAGCAAUACAAAUCCAUCCAGCCCUACCUCCAACGCUCCACGCCUGCUCCGGAUGGAAAAGAAUACCGCCAGUCAAAGGAAGAGCGCAAGAAGUUGGACGGCAUGUACGAAUGCAUUCUCUGCGCCUGCUGCUCCACCUCCUGCCCCUCGUACUGGUGGAACAGCGAGGAAUACCUCGGUCCGGCCGUGCUCAUGCAGAGUUACCGCUGGAUCGCCGAUAGCAGAGAUGAGAAGAAGGAGGCGAGGAAGGCGCAGCUGGAUAAUAGUAUGAGUUUGUAUCGUUGCCAUACUAUCCUCAAUUGCUCGAGGACUUGUCCUAAGGGGUUGAAUCCUGGGUUGGCGAUUGCGGAGAUUAAGAAGGAGAUGGCGUUCUAG